AACCUGCAACGUGAUUAAAGUAUAUCCUUUUAUUAGUCUGAUGAUUGCCUGAUAUAAUAUGGUGUGAAGAAUGAGAAAAGAAACUGUAGGCUAUCAUACGGACUUGGAUCAGUAUCAUAUUAAUGCUAGAUGUCUAAUGGUUUGGUGUCCGUAUGCAUGAACUUUGGAUUUGUAAUGCAGCAUAUACAAUCCUUUAGUCGGUCGGCCGCAGAAAGAGGACAUGGAACAUGCCUUUAUAUUAGCUGAUAAAUAUAAGCUUGUUCUAACUAGUGUUAUUAUGUUUUGCAGAGAAUAUGAAAGUUCUCAUCGUACCGUAGGUUUUGAUGUCUGGUUUUAUCAUCAUGUAUCAGAACUAUGCAAAGGCAAAGAUGCACAAUUGACUAAAGAGCUAAUUUCAUUAGCUCGAGGUCCUCUAUGUGGCGUUGAGAGAUUUCAUGGUUAUGUGAUAAAUGGUUUUAGAUUUCAUACAAGAGAUCAUGAAAGUCAAAAGGCGAAGCAAAAUAGUGGCAUUUUGCUACGAGGAUUAUUGGGUUCAAAAGCUAUGGAUUACUAUGGAGUUAUUAGCGAAAUAAUGGAGCUUCAAUACCUAGGAGGCAAUAGGGUUGUCAUGUUCAAGUGUGAUUGGUGGGAUGUUGACAACAUCGGCAAGGGAGUGAAAAUGGAUAGAUAUGGCUUUGUUAGUGUCAAUACAACUCGUAAGCUAUUGACUGAUGAGCCAUUUGCACUUGCAUCUCAGGUGGAACAAGUAUUUUAUGUUGAAGAUGGAUCUAAUCCUAAUUGGCUAGUUGUUUUGAAAGGUCAAUCUCAAAGCUCGUUUGAUUCCCUCACUAAAGACCCAAAUGAUGUACAAUCAGGUGAUCAAGAAGAGGCUUUUCAACAAGACACACCUGAUCCUAUUUAUCCAAACCCCUACCCAGUCCAAGAUGAUGAACUAAUUGGUUGGGAGGAAGACUCUAAUGAAGAUGGAAAUGAGAUGCAUGUUGAUUCUGAUGAUGACAGUCAUGAUAGUGAAAUUAGUGCAUAUGGAGAUGAUAGUGAUCAGGAUGAAUAAGUUGACAUUGACUUCUUGUCAUAAGCUACUAGAAUUGUGAUCACUGUACAUUUUUGUUUGGCAG